ACUUGACGAUAAAGUGAUUAUUUAUGGACUACAUGGUUCGGUUACGUUUUCUGUACAUGAUUUAAUAGUCAUUUCUAAAAUGGAUAGAGACAGUGAGGAUACGGACGAAAAUGCGCGUCUGUUGAAUAGUUCGGAUGAACGGAACAGGUCGUAUGGCAAUAGUCGUGAGGCAAUCGUGUCUUCGUCCGAAACGAUAGUGUUUGAUAGUAAUAUGAUGAAAACGUCCACGCAUACUGAGGAGCUUGCCGCCACGUGGGGCGGGAGAGUUUCCCUUCCGGACUCCGGAACUUCUGGAAGGCUAAGGAGGGCCCGAUCGUGGUCUGGUGACCCGCCAGACGAUACUGCCUCGGAGGUUAGGAUAUUACGAGAACGGUUAGUUCGUACCCAGGCCAAAUUGCGUCCAAGUGCGGUACGGCACCUAACUCGCCAUCAGCGCCUCACUCUCGCGUCACUAGCUCUUGUGGACUUUAUGAGCUUCUGCUCUAUGAGCAUUAUGGCGCCGUUCUUCCCCAGGGAGGCCACCGCGAAGGGACUCUCGGAGACCAUGUGCGGAGUCGUGUUCAGUUUCUACGCUGUAGUUAUGUUCAUCACAUCUCCUUUUUUUGGUAAAUAUCUACCGAUGAUAGGAGCAAAGUUCAUGUUUACAGCUGGAAUGUUUAUGGCUGGCUCUUGUAAUGUUCUAUUUGGAACCUUAGUAUUAGUAGAAGACCCUACAACAUUCACCGUCUUAUGUUUCGUGGUGCGAGGCAUGGAAGCGCUUGGAGCCAGCGCAUACUCCACAGCCAGCUAUGUCUUCGUGGUGAACGCCUUCCCGGAUAAUAUAGGCUCAGUGCUAGGUAUCCUCGAGACAUUCGUCGGUCUCGGAAUGUCUGUCGGACCUGCCAUUGGAGGCCUUUUAUAUUCGAUUGGAGGAUUUGGGUUACCAUUUUACAGCCUUGGAAUCAUAAUGGUGUUGACUGUGCCAAUUAACUACUGCUUACUGACAGACUGUGGGGAGUACGUUUCUGGAUCAAAAACCGCUUCAAUAGUGAAACUCUUCAAAAUACCUUCGAUAAUUAUAACCGGCCUCGUGAUUGUCAUCGUUUCUAACACCUGGGCCUUCCUUGAUCCAACUCUCGAGCCGCAUUUGCGUCAAUUCGGACUGUCGACAAAUCAAAUUGGAUUGAUAUUUCUAUUAUUUUCUAGCUUGUACGGAAUCUUUAGUCCUAUUUGGGGCUGGGUGGCUGAUCGAGUUCAUAACCACUGGUGUAUGAUGGUAUGGGGUUUGUUUCUCUCAACUAUAGGCCUAUUACUACUAGGACCAUGCCCCUUUAUACCUGGUCUACCAAAGGACUUGUGGUUGGAUCUGGUUGCCCUUUCUAUCUUAGGAAUGUCAGCUGCCUUGACCCUCUUACCAACAUUUCAAGGAGUGUUGACGAGUUCUAUUUACGAAGGUGGUUGUCCCGAAGCUUUAGCGACAUAUAGCGCAGUGGCGGGCGUGUGGUCUUGUUGUUAUUCGCUGGGCGAGGUGCUAGGCCCAGCGUUGGGAGGCGCCCUCGCUGAACAAUACGGAUUUCCGCUAUGUGCUACACUAUGCGCUGGAGCUUGUCUCACAAUGGCCGUGGUGACUCUUACAUUCUUCUCAUUGCGAGAAUCCUCCAAGUGGGUAGAAGCGGAGACUGCGUCAAAUUCAAUACCGUAUACUGACACGACCUGGAACAGCAACCAUUUCUGCAGAACACGAAGUGCACCGGCGAGUCAGCUUGCAGAAAAUUCGCCUCUAAUAACGCCUUGCUCGUGUGCAUCCAAAACUGCGUAUUAUUUAUAUGGAAAUUCACAGACCAACCAAAUGUUUUUUAUGCACAAAAAGAACGGAAAGAAUGGUUCAGCUAGCAUAGCCGAUGUUAUUGCAUAUUUCCUCAAAUUCGAAUACUUAACCGAUGUCUAUGUGAGAAUCAGAAAGUCACGUAACAAAUCAAAAACUAAAGCCCUGUCACAUUGUGAUCAAUUAUACCAAAACUAUCUCGGAAACAAUGAAAAUGACGUAGAAGAAGAAAAAAAAGAUAAUUUCAAGGACAAUAAUCGUGUUCUGAGUAACAAUGUUACGGCCAGUGGGCAGUCUCAAAGCAAUGAAGAUAGCUACUGCUCUUACAUAGACAAUGCUAUAUUUGGUUCAGUAACUACGAGGAUGAAUGAUGAGAAUGUUAUUGUUAAGCGUAACAAUAAAGGCCUUGUCACUAAAUUAGUGACAUACGACGAACAGCGGCCUUCAGAUGAGAUCAUAAAACAUAACCUUCAAAAAGUACACUUUUAUGAACAAAGUCCUGAGUGCACAACACUUGACGAUAUUUUUGAUGGUUGUGAUUGUCGUGAUGAUGUCACCUAUGCAAGGGGAACCGUUACAGUAUCUUCUACAGGAGCUUGCGAAGUUUAAACUCAUAACAAUAUAAAUAACAGUAAAUUUUAAGUCUAAGUAAAUUUAUAGCCUAAUUUUAUGUGUAAGAUUUUUAAUCAGUGAUACGUGUAAUGAAUAAAUAAAUUCGAAU